UUUAAGGCUUGGCCUACGUGGCAGCUGCUAGAGCCGCCGCGGCGCAGCGAGGCCGGCCGCCAGGCACUUCCUGUGGAGGCCGCAGCAGGCGCGAGCGCCGAGGACCCGCCAGCUGAGCCCGCUGCCGCCGCCGCCAUGGGCCAGAACGACCUGAUGGGUACGGCCGAGGACUUCGCCGACCAGUUCCUGCGAGUCACCAAGCAGUACCUGCCUCAUGUGGCACGACUCUGCCUGAUUAGCACUUUCUUGGAGGAUGGCAUCCGUAUGUGGUUCCAGUGGAGUGAGCAGCGUGACUAUAUUGACACCACCUGGAGCUGUGGCUACCUGUUGGCCUCAUCCUUCGUGUUCCUCAACCUCCUGGGACAGUUGACUGGCUGUGUUUUGGUGCUGAGCAGGAACUUCGUGCAGUACGCCUGCUUUGGGCUGUUUGGAAUCAUCGCACUGCAGACAAUUGCCUACAGCAUUUUGUGGGACUUGAAGUUUCUGAUGAGGAACCUGGCUUUAGGAGGAGGUUUGCUGCUGCUCUUGGCAGAGUCCCGCUCAGAAGGGAAGAGCAUGUUUGCUGGUGUUCCCACCAUGCGUGAGAGCUCCCCCAAGCAGUACAUGCAGCUUGGAGGAAGGGUCCUGCUGGUCCUGAUGUUCAUGACCCUCCUUCACUUUGAUGCCAGCUUCUUUUCUAUCGUCCAGAACAUUGUGGGCACAGCUCUGAUGAUCUUAGUAGCCAUUGGUUUUAAAACCAAGCUGGCAGCUUUGACUCUCGUCGUCUGGUUGUUUGCCAUCAACGUGUAUUUCAACGCCUUCUGGACAAUCCCGGUCUAUAAACCCAUGCAUGACUUCCUGAAGUAUGACUUCUUCCAGACCAUGUCAGUGAUUGGAGGCCUGCUCCUGGUGGUGGCUCUUGGCCCAGGGGGUGUCUCCAUGGACGAGAAGAAGAAAGAGUGGUAACAGACAG